AUGGCCAAGGCAAAGUCGCUUCAAGACGACCCUGAGAUCAGCGUUGCACAUGCAAAUCAGGCCAGGCUAGAGGAUUUCCUCCGGGAGUUCCGGGCUGAUGUUCGUGAUUUUUGUUCAGCGCAGUUUCGGCUUCGAUCCAGAUUUCUCCAGCGCCAUUCUGCGAAGGUGUGCCAACUGGUAGCAGGCGGCAGUUGCAAAGAGCUGGCAGGCGUCCUCCGCUUUCAGGUCUCUCUGGAAUGCCUCUGCGCAAAGUUCCUGGAGCCUGUCGACCUGGUAUUUGUCCGCCAGCGAGCAAACUUCCAUCAGGGUUUCAAGCUGGCCUUCUACCACCCGGAGUAA